CAUCUAUAUCGUGACUGCGUAUAGGUUGGUUUAUAUAUCUAUCUAUCUGCCUCUGUUUUCGCAUUCAUCAUCACUUCAACGCAGCAGAGAAGAGAAUCAUCCAUCAUAGGGCCAAUUCGGCUCUGUAAUGUCAUUAGCUUCACUUGUACUUUUUGGCGGCCAAAUACUUCAAAUUCAAGAGAUCCAGUGGGAGAAGGAACGAUAAUACAUACGAGGAAUCAAAGAAGUGUGAAUAUGGCUGCGAAUGUUGUGAAAGAAGCUGAAGUGACGGAGAUGGAAGCUGUUUUGACCGCAAAAUGCAGCUGUUGCGGAUUGGUGGAAGAGUGCACACACGCGUACAUUGCGCGCGUGAGGGAGAGAUUUGGUGGUCGAUGGAUAUGCGGUUUGUGUGCUGAGGCAGUGAAGGAAGAAAGGGCGAGGUCGGAGAGUGAUGAGAAGAUGAUCACAAUUGAUGAAGCUUUAAUGCGGCACACCAAAUUUCGCCAGCAGUUCAGAUCUUCUGCAUCUGAUCAUAACAAAGAUUUCAUAGUUGCUGUGAAACAGAUUCUUUUUAGGACUUUGGAUUCUCCUAGGAGCAAGCCGAGUAAGGAACAUUCUGCGUGCAGACCUCUUGGUAGAUCUCAUAGUUGCUUCUCAAAAAUGGAAACAACUCCGCCGAGGACGACAGAGACACAUACAGAGUGAUUAAGAAUGAAGUGAACAUUGGUUUAUUGCAAGGCAAGCAUUGUUGGUUGGUGGUGUCAAGGUUUAUUUAGAAUUAGUUCUUAUUUAUGUGUUUAGUCUUGGUUGUUAUGUUUUGAAGAUUAUGGAUGAUUUAUGUUUUGUUUUUUGGCAUUGGUGAUUGAAUGGAUGAUGGUUGGAGAAAAUUUUCCAUCCCGGACUUCAAUCACUUGGCUGCGAUCUCAUUUUGAUUACUAGCAAUUGAAUUUUAAUUUUUAUAUGGUUGGACCAAAUUCAGGUUAUGAAAUUUAUUUGAAGCUUUUGUUUGGACAUAA